CUUCUAUUAAAAUAUGAUGUGUUGGACUACACUUUCCAAAGACAGUGCUGAGCGGAAAUCAUGGGAGUUGCAUCUGGAAGGUGUACUUUGCAGAAGGCUGGGGUACCAUCCUGUGCCAUCUAACAUACUACAAAGUGUCAGCGCAAUUAACGUCUUCGCAAACAAGAGUGUCCCACAGGUACAGUCCAGCAAGAAGCUGUUUGAUUGGCUGCGGGGUCCUGUUGAAAGUGCGGGGCGGGAGGCGGGUAGGAGACUCGGAUUCUUUGUCACGUACCUUGCGGAAGGAACUGAAGAACCCACAGCGCCAUUCGGGGAGCACGCCACAAGGCUUCACAAACGCAGCGCACCCAGGAGGCUCCCGUCUUCCCAACCCUAUAGUCUGGGGUCGCUUGACCCUUCUCCCAAAGCUCAGGAGACGGAGGUGGAGGCAGGAUCUGACCUUCCUACCUACUUUGGCAGCACUUAGUUUACCAAGCCGCGUGCCGCGCGUCUCUUCAAGUCAGCCGCCGCCGCGUCGCCUCUUCUUCCUCCUCUCCCCCGCCCCCUGCAUUCCUCCUCCUCCUCUUCAUCCCAGAAGAGCUCGCCACGCCGGGAGUCCGCCGGCAAAAGCCCAGCAGGCCUCAGGUUCCUCGCCGUCUCUGCCCCCUCCCGCUGGGCUGAGGCUCGCCCGGGGCUUGCCGGGCGGUGCGCUCGUAGUGCGCAGUGCCUCUGCAACGACGGCAGGAGCCGAAGGAACAGGCGGCUCGCUCGGGGCUGGAGAAGGCAGGCGGCGGCAGCAGCAGCAGCAGUAAAAGCAUCGGCGGCGACUCCUCCCCCUCCCCCUCUUCCUGCUCUCCCCCCCGGACUCCGGCAGGCAGGAUGGUGGCCGUAGCCCUGCAGCCCUCUGCGGGCCGCGGGGCGGGUCUGUAGCUGGCGUGGGGUGGUGCCCUUUGCAGCAAUCGGGAGCCGAAGGCGCCGGGCGCCGGGCGCAGCGCAAAGCGCCCGCGCGCCCCUUCUCCUCUCGCUCUCCAUGGACGGGGGAGCGGGAGGUGGCCCCGGGGUGCCCGGUUCUGAAAACCCCAACCGCGCCGUGGAAUAUCUGCUGGAGCUCAAUAACAUCAUCGAGAGCCAGCAGAAGCUGUUGGAAACCCAGCGGCGGCGGAUCGAGGAGCUCGAAGGGCAGCUGGAGCAACUGAGCCAAGAGAACCGGGACCUGCGGGAAGGAGACAGAGAGCGAGAACGGGAGCGACACCGAGAUCGCGACCGGGACCGGGACCGGGACGCCCAGUAUCACCACAAGGACAGGGAGAGCCACUAUCAGAACCGCACGGAUCGAGACGGGCAGUACCAGAACCGGGAAGGCCAGUAUCCCAACCGUGAGAACCGGACGGACCGCGAAGCUCAGUACUCCAACCGAGCCGACCGGGAGAGUCAAUACCAAAGCAGAGCCGAGCGGGAAGGGCAGAACCAGUAUCAGCAUCGGGACAAGGAACGAGACCUACAGCACUAUGGAAACCGGGAUGGGCAGUACCAGAACCGGGAGAGCCACUACAGGGAGCCCUGCCAGUUGCAUCGAGACCGGGCGCCGCAGUGCCAUCAGGCUCGGGAGAAGGAGCACGAGUACCCUCGGCCACCCCGGGAAAGGGAGAGGGGGCAGCUGAACCGCGGGGCGUCGCGGAGCUCCAGUCCUGGGGCAGGCGGAGGCCACAGCACCAGCGCCAGUACCAGCCCAGCCACUACGCUGCAGAGAAAGUCUGAUGGGGAAAAUUCAAGAACUGUCAGUGUGGAAGGAGACCCUCCGGGAAGCGAGGCAGGAACCAUAGUGGACAGUCUGGGCAGUCAACCAUACCGAUGUGUCCCUGAAGUGACCAAGGUUGAGCACUACGAUUUAGUGCCAUCUUCCUCUUCUUCUGUCUGUCACGCUCCGUCACCAGGGCUUCCGUGGGCCCAGCGAGCUCGGCUACAGCCAGCCAGCGUGGCUCUGAGGAAGCAGGAAGAGGAGGAUAGCAAACGAUCAGCACUGUCAGACAGCUAUGAGCUCUCAACAGAUCUUCAGGACAAAAAGGUGGAGAUGCUGGAGCGGAAGUAUGGGGGCUAUUUCUUGAGCCGGCGGGCAGCUCGUACGAUUCAAACAGCCUUUCGCCAGUACCGCAUGAACAAAAAGUUUGAGCGCCUAAGAAGUUCGGCGUCAGAGAGCCGUAUGUCACGGCGCAUCAUCCUGUCCAACAUGCGGAUGCAAUAUUCAUUUGAGGAAUAUGACAAGACCCAGAAUGCCCCUUACUUUGAAGGUAAACCUGCCUCUCUGGAUGAGGGCUCCAUGGCUAGUGCGCGACCUCAUCUUCUGGAUCACGGCCUUCCCUACGGUGGCUCUUGCCGGACCGGCUUGGACGGUGGUUCCCUGCAUUCCUCUUCUGGAGGCUUCUGCAAUGACAUCACGGAGCUGGAGGAUUCCUUCUCCAAGCAGGUGAAGUCCUUGGCAGAAUCGAUUGAUGAAGCCUUAAACUGCCACCCACUUGGCCAGGAGGGAGGACCUGGUGGCCCCACUUUGGAAAAAAGUGAAUCCAAGGAGCAGCAGGGUGACAGUGCUGCCACUUCAUUCAGUGAUGUCACUCUCUAUCUGGACGAAGGCGCUCCCACGUCACCCCUCUCUCUGGAGCGCCCCCCCAGCACUGAGCCCCCAGAGCCUGCUCCGGGAGUGCCCCUCCCACCACCCCCGCGGCCGGAGUACUGGGGGGCGCCCCAGCGGGAGGACAGCCGGGAGAAUGGGGGCGGGAGCCGGCGCAGCACACCUUGCAUGGAAUGCCGGGACUACCGCCUUCGGGGCGCUCACCUGCCCUUGCUCACAAUUGAGCCUCCCAGUGACAGCUCAGUGGAUCUGAGCGACCGUUCUGAUCGGGGUUCAGUCAAUCGGGGGCUCAUAUAUGAGCAAGAUGGCUGCAGCCCCCAUGGCACCCUCAAACAUCCUGGAGGGCCUGCACGCUCCCCACACCCACACCGCCAUUAUCAUCCCGAGAAAAGCCAGCCUCCUCCACCUUUGCCCAUCCCACCCCCUCAGGCCCCAGGCCGCCUGCCUCCGCCUCCUCCGCCGGACAACUCAGAUGGCGACAACGACAGCCUCAACAGCACCACCAACUCCAACGAGACCAUCAACUGCAGCUCAGGAUCCUCCUCCCGGGACAGCCUGCGCGACCCGCCUCCACCUCCCCCAGCCUCCACCACGACUGUCGUAGGGCCCUGCAAGCAGACCUACCAGCGUGAGACGCGGCACAGCUGGGAUUCUCCUGCCUUCAACAACGACGUGGUGCAGCGUCGCCAGUACCGCAUCGGCCUCAACCUUUUCAACAAGAAACCAGAAAAAGGGAUCCAGUAUUUAAUUGAAAGAGGCUUCUUGUCAGAUACACCGGUUGGCGUGGCCCGGUUUAUCCUAGAGCGGAAGGGGCUGAGCCGGCAGAUGAUUGGAGAAUUUCUUGGCAACCGGCAGAAACAAUUCAACCGAGAUGUACUCGAUUGUGUUGUAGAUGAGAUGGACUUCUCCAGCAUGGACCUGGAUGAUGCCCUGAGAAAGUUCCAAUCACACAUUCGGGUGCAAGGUGAGGCCCAGAAGGUGGAGCGUCUCAUUGAGGCCUUCAGCCAGCGCUACUGUGUAUGCAAUGCCCCAUUGGUGCGCCAGUUUCGGAACCCUGACACCAUCUUCAUCUUGGCUUUUGCCAUCAUCCUUCUCAACACAGACAUGUACAGCCCCAGCGUCAAAGCAGAGAGGAAGAUGAAGCUGGAUGACUUCAUCAAAAACCUGCGAGGGGUUGAUAAUGGGGAGGAUAUUCCCCGUGACCUCUUGGUAGGGAUUUAUCAGCGGAUUCAGAGCCGAGAACUGCGCACCAACGAUGAUCACGUUUCUCAGGUCCAGGCAGUCGAGCGCAUGAUUGUGGGCAAAAAGCCGGUUCUCUCUCUGCCCCAUAGGCGCCUGGUGUGCUGUUGCCAGCUGUAUGAGGUCCCUGACCCCAACCGGCCCCAGAGGCUUGGCCUGCACCAGAGGGAAGUCUUCCUCUUCAAUGACCUCUUAGUGGUGACAAAGAUUUUCCAGAAGAAGAAGAUCCUUGUGACCUACAGUUUCCGCCAGAGCUUCCCGCUUGUUGAGAUGCAGCUGCAGCUCUUUCAGAAUUCCUAUUACCAGUAUGGGAUUAAACUACUCUCAGCUGUCCCCGGUGGGGAACGAAAAGUCCUGAUCAUCUUCAAUGCCCCCAGUCUGCAGGAUCGGUUGCGUUUCACAAGUGACCUGCGGGAGUCCAUCGCUGAAGUGCAAGAGAUGGAGAAAUACCGCGUGGAAUCGGAGCUUGAAAAGCAGAAAGGAGUAAUGCGCCCCAACGCCUCUCCCUCUUCUGGGCCCAAGGACACCGUGAAUGGCACCCUGACCAGGAGCAGUCUAGAGGAUGCCUAUACUAUGGGAGAGGGCCUGAAGAGAAGUGCCCUCAAUAGCUCCUUGCGUGACCUCUCUGAUGCUGGCAAGCGGGGCCGCCGUAACAGCGUGGGAUCCUUGGACAGCACAAUUGAAGGGUCUAUCAUUAGCAGCCCACAUCCCCACCAGAGGGCGCCACCACCACCUCCUCCAGAGGAAUACAAGCCCCAGCCUCGGCCCCCCUCGAAUUCGUCCUCCUUCCUGGGCUCCCUGUUUGGCAGCAAGCGUGGGAAGGGCCCUUUCCAGACUCCCCCCAGCCAGGCCUCGGCCUCUUCCUCUUCGGCCUCUUCGUCCCACCAUCACCUGCCCCAGCACCACCCACAUCACAGCCACCCCUCCCUCCCUGACGGCAGCCAGUCAAAGCUGCAGGCGCUCCACGCCCAGUACUGCCAUGGCCCCUCUGCCCAGCCCCCACCCCCCUACCCCCAGCAGCCCCCUCCCCCUCAGCAGCCAGCACCCCCACCCCCACCUCUGGCUCUGCCCUCCAACCCGCUGCCCCCUCAGGUCCAGCGCUACCAUCAUUCCCAGCAGCCUCCUCUCUCGGCUCCCCCGCAGAAGCAGGCGGUGCCUGCUUUCCCUACCCCACAGCCCCACCACCACUACACUCUCGGUCGGCCUGGGCAGCAGAAGCGCCUCCAGAUGGCUGCUGCCGCUUCCCAGCACCCUCCCUUCCUUCAUGGGCGCCAGCCCACCUCGCCGCUGCCCCUCUACAGCCCUGCCCCUCAGCAUGCCCUGGCCCACACGUACCCCCAGCAGCUCCAUCAGUCAGGGCUCAGCGGGCAGCACACCCUGCAUAGGCAGCAGGCCCCGAAGCACUUUAUUUUCAGCCACCACCCCGCACAGCUGCUACAGCGGCCUCCGCCGCCCUCUGGCAUGGGGCCCUAUCCUGGGCAUCAUGGCCAUCCUCAGCCACACCACAGCCAACCCCCGAUGCCCCCGCCUCAUUCUCCCAUUCCCCCACAUCCUUCUUACCCCCCUCUUCCCCCUCCGUCGCCCCAUACGCCUCUCAGCCCCCACUCUCCGGGUGCUCCUACGUCCCCUCUGGCCCAGCACAUGUCCAUGCACCAGGGGGGCCCUCCAGCCAUGCCUGCUCAAGGGCCCCCAAACCCCAAGCCUAAGCCGGUCAACAGAAUCAGCACCGUUGUGUGAACAGCUGCCACCACAAUGGAACUGAUAGCAGAUCUAUAAAUAUAUAAAUAACAGAGCUUGGGGGUGGGUCUCCCCUGUUCCAGCUGAAGUGAUGGGGAAGGAUGGAGGUCAGGAGGGUGUCUAGAUUUUAUGGCCAUUCCCUUUCCUCCUCCCCACUCCACAUCCCAUCCCUCUUUUUCCUAGGAUCAGAACUGAGAGAGGGCAUCCCUUGGAAAGGAAGAAAACCUGGAUCUGCAGCGCCGUGCGUGGCCGGAGGGGGGUACAGCUUCACACGGGCUUUGCUUUGGGGAGCUCUGCCUCUUUUCUCUUCCUUGGCGGGCCAUCUGUCCCCGCUCCUACCAUCUUUUUCUGAACAUCUGUGGACAGCAUGAUAGUUUUUGUGGUGACCGUGGAUGGCAGAAGUUCAAGCUGCAGUGUUGGGGAAAGCCAGUGUCUGUUUGUGUUGUCUUAGGAGUAUGGCCAAACAGGUAAAAAAAUUUAAUCCCAACUUUUAAUAACAUUUGUGUGCUGGGGGGGGCAGCAAAUUCUUUUGGGAUAGCAUCACUUUGUGAUGGGGAAGGAAGGAAGGAAGGAAGGAAGGAAGGAAGGAA